AUGGACAAAAUCGAGUAUCGAGCUGUCAUUAAAUAUCUGUUUUUGAAAGGCAAUACGCCUACGCAAAUCAAAGAUGAGUUGGAUUCUGUGUACGGGGACUCUGCACCAUCAUUUACCACAGUGAAAUUUUGGGCAGCUGAAUUUAAACGUGGCCGUAAGAGCUUGGGAGACGAUGAACGUUCGGGACGUCCAAAAACUGCAACUGCCGACGAAAACAUCGCCAAAGUUCACCAAAUUGUGCUAGACGACCGCCGAAUUAAAAUUCAUUUGGGACAUGAUGUAUGGAUAGCGAAGGAGAGUUAUGCUUAUCAUUGA